CCAAAUAGAAUUCCACCUCUUUUCCUGGCCGCAGCCAAUCCCCGCAGCUCCUCGGGCUCCGAAACUGGGGCGGCCUCUUAUUGGCCGAUAGAGUUAUCCUGGGGCGGGGCAAAGAGCGACCGCAGGGAAGGGGGUGGAGGGGAAGGUCGGUCCCUGGGCGGCGGAGCGGUCACUGCGCAGGCCUUGCACUGAAAGGCUCUAGCUACAGUGGACUUCUUGAACGACAUCAUAUUCACACCAAAAAUGUAGAGCAUAUUAUAGAUAGUUUACGGAAUGAGGGAAUUGAGGUUCGUCUGGUAAAGAGGAGAGAAUAUGAUGAAGAGACUGUUCGAUGGGCAGAUGCUGUCAUUGCUGCAGGAGGUGAUGGCACAAUGCUUCUGGCAGCAAGUAAAGUCUUGGACAGACUUAAACCGGUUAUAGGAGUAAACACUGAUCCAGAACGGUCUGAGGGUCAUUUAUGUCUGCCUGUUCGAUAUACACAUUCCUUUCCAGAAGCCUUACAGAAGUUUUCUUGUGGUGAGUUCAGGUGGUUAUGGAGGCAGCGAAUCAGGUUAUACCUCGAAGGGACUGGCAUAAACCCUGUUCCUGUGGACCUUCACGAGCAGCAACUGAGCUUGAAUCAACACAGCAGAGCCCUUAACAUCGAAAGAACUCAUGAUGAAAGGUCUGAGGCUUCAGGACCGCAGCUUUUGCCAGUGAGAGCACUAAAUGAAGUCUUCAUUGGGGAGAGUCUAUCAUCCAGGGCCUCCUACUAUGAGAUUUCAGUUGAUGAUGGUCCAUGGGAAAAACAGAAGAGUUCAGGGCUCAAUUUGUGUACUGGAACAGGAUCAAAGGCCUGGUCCUUCAAUAUUAACAGGGUUGCAACUCAGGCUGUGGAAGAUGUUUUAAAUAUUGCAAAACGACAAGGAAAUUUGAAUCUUCCACUGGACAAAGAGUUGGUAGAGAAAGUAACAAAUGAAUAUAAUGAGUCACUACUCUACAGUCCAGAAGAACCAAAAAUACUUUUCAGUAUUCGAGAACCAAUAGCAAACAGAGUUUUCUCAAGCAGUCGUCAGCGUUGUUUCUCCUCAAAGGUUUGUGUUCGUUCACGUUGUUGGGAUGCCUGUAUGGUUGUUGAUGGAGGAACUUCUUUUGAGUUUAAUGAUGGUGCAAUUGCUUCAAUGAUGAUCAAUAAAGAAGAUGAGCUUCGAACUGUACUUCUAGAACAAUGAAGGAUUUCCUCAGAUGACAAAUGUUGAUUACUGGGAAAAAUAUUUUUACUGCAGGAAACAGACUACCCAGUCAUAAAGCUACAUUUUUUGGUUAUUGUUGAGACUGGUUGCCCCUGGCUUAAAGAUGACAACAAAGAAAGUGAGAUUUGUAUUAUUCUUCUGUUGGAUUCUGAUAGAAAAAAAGUUUACUGUGUAAGAAAAUGGAUGAACUAAAUUGAUAAGGAUUGAUACAGUGAAAUUUCAGUAUUGCUUAAAAUUGGUAACCAAGCGUGCUGAUGCCUUUUUAAAUUUAAAAAUCGAAGCCUAAAUAAAGGAUUAAAUAUUUAGGAUUUGAAAUUUAACUGUACAAGUGUUUUUUCCUUCCCUUUCUUCCUAAUGUUGUGGAAUUAUCAGAUCAAAUACAUAUCAUUUGAUGAGUACAUAUUUUUUAUAGUACUUAAAAAUCAAGAUUUUAAAAAAGUUUUGUGAUGUUGGAAAAUUUUUGAUAAAUUCUGACACUAACCUAAUUAAAAUAGGUAAAUGUGUUUUUAUAUGUGCUAAGAAUUUUCUAAUUUUAGAACCUAAUGUUUUGACUAUUGAUUUUAAAAUGUCAAAACAAUCAUUUAAAAAUUAUAGAUGUUUUCAUUUGACUCAUUUUGGUUAAUUUCAAAAUUCUGGGCAAAAUGUAUAUAUCAGAACAAAAUCAUGUUAUAAAUGCAUUAAUUUUCAAAUAAUUUUUCAGGUCAAUUUUUAAAAAAUGAUUUGAGUCUAAUAGGUUUCUUUCAUCUUUAAAGGCUCUAAUAUGGAUUCGAGGACUAAAAGAAUGAACUGAUUAGACAUUUUCUAUUAGGAGUUUGGUAAAACCUUAUAAAAAUUUUUUUAGUAGUAGUAUUAUCAGAAAGAAAAUGGAUUAUUUAGUAAAUUUAUAAAACACAAUAGCUUUGGAAUUGCCUUACUUAGUGUUGUGGUGGUUUUCACUGCUUAUAUACCAAUGUUUACAUGAUAGCUUUGUGGGAUGUUAUGGCUUUUCUUUUUCCCCAUUAUGAGAAUUCCUUUAUUUUUGGAGGAAAUUAUUUUUAUCUAAUUCUUGAUCUACUUAUACUAAGUAAUCCUGGAAUUUUUGCAAAAGCUCCUGUUGUUGCAAAAUGAAACAGUUGGUAUUCUCAUGACAUUUAUUUAAAAUCGUGUUUUUUUCACUUGCUGGUGAAAAUAUUUGUUCAAUCAUUGACAAAUAUUUAUUGAACACUGAACUCAGUGCCAUGUAUUACUAUGUCAGGUGCUGGAUAUAUGUUGAUGAAUGAAACAGAUUAUUCUUACAGAAUUUGAGUCAUGAGUGUAGUAGUAAAUUCUGUGAAAGCUAGGAUAGUCAAAUUGAAGGCUUUUAGUUUUGCCAAUAUUUAACAUGCUGCUCUUAUAAAAUUUUUAGAAUGUUAGUAUAAAAAAAGGUAAUCUAGGUUUUGAUGUAUAUACAGAAGAAUCUGUUUUUCUUAGGAGAGUCUGCAUAGACACUCAUAGCAAAGAAUGUAUAUGAUGCAUCAGAUAGAAAUAAAGUAUGUUUUUUCCCAGAGCUGGAUCCAGUUUCUGGUUUGAUUUUUUAAAAAUGACAUAUGUAAGGUAUCACUUUAUAAAGAAACAAAAUUUUACACCAUAGAGACUACUCUAACAGGUUUAAAAUACCUUUUUGAGAAAAAAAUGCCAACUACAUCUUUAAUCUCAAGAAAAUCUAAUUGCCCAAAUAGGUAUGUUAAUAUGUAAUAUAUUAAUAGAUAACCUGCUUGCAAAAUUAUUUAUAAGCCAUAUUUUAAAAGGUUUUGAGAAUAAUGUGCUCCAUUUGCGAUGUAACUUCUAGUAUUUCUGCUCUGUGGUAGGGAUUUAUUUGUAAGAAAUGAGAGGCAAAGGAUGUUAGAAUAGCAAAAAUGUUUUUAAUGAAUGAGUUAACCUUUAACGACAGCUAUAUGUGAAUAAAGUUAAAUCAUUUUUAUCUCUUUUAAA